CUAAGGCGUCCAUUUCAUGAAAUGUCACAACCGUCCCGCGCCCGUGAGCAACUUAGGCUCUUUCGUGCAUGUCACGAGCCGAAAUAACUUGUUGAUGUUCGGAGCGGGUGUGCGGGUGAGCGGGGUGUGGGUGAGCGGGGUGCGGGCGAGCGGGUAAGCGGGUGUGUGGGUGCGCGGGUGUGGAGGGGCUAGCGCCGCUAAGCGACGGCCUGUCUACGCCGUCGAGCUGGCGACACCCUGUCUGCCGCGGACCGCGCCGUUGCCGCUCCGUGCGCAUUCCUGUCCGCCCGCGCCCCUGCCUCGCGUCCCACAACCUCGUGAACCGCCCGCGUGCUCUUAUCGGCAACGUCGCAUUCAAACUUGUUUCGUAAACGGAUGUGGCGGCGACCGAGCCGGGGCGGGUCCUCCGUCUCGUUCCCUCCCUAUGUAUUAUGUGCGUAGAAAUAGGAUAGCGAAGUGGCGCUACGUGCUAUCGGCUCCCACUUGCGGCAUUUUUUCACGCCGAGAAUGAGGCGAGAUUAGUGCCUUAGGAUGUGUUCACACACAAUUAGUUUACUAAAUUAAAUGCGCAGAGUUCGUUUCGGCAAAGAGAUUCAACUUCAUGUUCAGAGAUAAAUUGUCUUAACUUUUUUUCAUUAAGAAAUAAUUAUGAUUCAAUGAUCGUAAAUCUUCCUUUAGAGAGAUAUUUAAAUGAUUCACGUAAAAGAUUUUAUACUAUAUUUUAGCAAAACUCUUACUUUUGUUUGAAUACUUUAUAUAACUUAAAGAGUUAUACAAAUAUACAUAUAAUUCGUAUACUAUGAACGCCGUCCUCGUGAUAUACGCGGUUGUUGUCGCUCACGUCGGAGCGGUAUGCGCCGCGGCCAACAUCCGCGGCCAGCGAGCGACUGUCGCGGGCCACACUCCACACUCCUCAGUCAGUUCGGCGCCGACCGUCAGCCCGCGCAGACGUCUCUCAUCAUGGCCACCGCUCACACGCUCCCGGCCCCCGCACCCUCGCCCGCGACCGCCGACCGCCGCUCGGAGGGUCGCGCCGGAUCCCGCCGUAUUUUCCCACCGCAGUUCAAAUUACAAGUUCUGGACGCGUACAGACGUGACGCCCAAUGCCGCGGCAACCAGCGCGCCACAGCGAGGAAGUUCGGCAUCCAUCGCCGUCAGAUCCAGAAGUGGCUCCAGGCCGAGCCGGCUCUCCGCGCGGCUCUGUUGAGGCGGGCUCCGCAACCAGCUCCGUCGCCUCCACCGUACUCGGUGGGUUCUCCUGAGAGCGCCCGCCUGCCGUCUCCUCCGCCCGCCGUCACCCAAGUGCCUCCCGUGUCGACCUCCGUUCAAGUGCCUACCCCGCUAGCGGCUCCCGUGCCGGUGCUGCCUCCGUCCACGGAGCCCAUCGACCUGUCGGUCCGCCGCCUGUCCCCGGCCCCCGUGCCGAUCAUGUGUUGCCCUCCGCCGACGGUGCCCGAUCCUCCGCAGGCUCGCAAGCCGUUCAAACUGUUCAGGCCGUACCUCCUGGAGGACGAGGAGGACAAGCGGCCGUCCCUGGCGUCCCUGCCUGUGUCGGACGGGGUGCACAUGUCCGCCUUCGUGCCCGUCCAGAGCGCGGCGGCGUGUUCGCUGUCGGCGUGCUCCGCGGUUCGCUGGUGUCCCGCUCCGUCCUUCUCGACUCCUCUGAGAUGAGUUUGUCGCGGGUCCCGCCCGUGUUCUCCUGUGAUCUAGUCGCCGCCGGCUUCCCGGCGCCGCCCGGGGCGUAGCUCCACACCGUGCCUUACCGUACACGUCGCCGUAGUGCAUCACGCCGUCGUUUCCAGAUGAGCGUCUAUUUUUGUGUAUAAUUAUAGUAGUAUAAGAAUGAGAAUGUAUUUUUUUAUGUGGGCUUUAUAAAGCGUACCUACAUUUAUGCAGAGUAUAAUGAUAUAAAUAUUAUCGAUUAUUAUUAUAUUAAUAAAGAGAGUUGUUUACUAAA